UCCGCAGCGCACUUACAGUUCUCUCCAGCGGCGCCAAGAUGACGACCGAUCCGAGCGUCGAUUUCGUCACGGUCUUCAACGACACCAACCUCACGGUGACAACAACAACAAACGGCACGAUGCCCGCCGCCGACCCCUACGGGCAACCCGAGGAGGUGUCCCGCGUCACGCUGUGGGUCCUUGCGGUGCUGAUGCCCGUGGUGAUGCUGGUCAUCCUCAUCGGGAACACGCUAGUGGUGGUAGCCGUGCUGAAGGUCCGGGUGCUCCAGACCAUCCAGAACUACUACCUGGUGUCUCUAGCGGCGAGCGAUCUGAUGGUGGGCGGGCUGAUCAUGCCGCUGGCUCUGGUGAACGAGCUGAUGGGUUACUGGUCCCUGGGCCGCAUCAUGUGUGACGUCCACGUCACGCUGGACAUCUUCGCCUGCACCGCGUCCAUCCUCAACCUGUGCGCCAUCGGACUGGACCGCCACUUCGCCAUCACACAGGCGGUGAAGUACACGGCGACCAAAACCACGAAGCAUGCCAUCGGCGGGAUUGCCAUGGUGUGGACGGCGUCCACCGUCAUCUGCCUGCCGCCUCUGCUCGGCUGGGGGACCGAUAGUUUCCAGCCGGGCCUGUACCCGCGCUGCGACUACACCGACAAGUUCAGCUACGUGCUGUACUCCACCGUGGGCUCCUUCUUCGGACCCCUUCCCAUCAUGCUCGUGGUCUACACGCGCAUCUUCAUCGCCGCCAGGUCCCGCAUCAGGAACCUGCGCAAACGCAGCGGGCGUCACUCGGCCACCACCAUGUCCACCAACGUGCACCGUCUGGAGGUGCCGCCUGGCGUCGACGGGAGAGAAGCGCAGGCUAGACGGAAGGAGGGCAGAGGGAAGGACCGCAUGAAAGCGGGGAUCUCCUCGUACCCGAUAACUGAAACAACCAAUCAGGAGACGCCUCCUGCCACCCCUGGCGUCCAGCUUCGCCCGGAGAACUUGACGGCGGUCUACUCAAAACAUGCCCUGAACAGCGGGAAACCAGUCGACAACAACAAGAACGGCACAUCGUCGCACCAUGCGCCCCAGGCGCUCCACAGUAAAGCCAUACAGCCUUCCCCACCCAACAUUUCAUCGGGUACACUGACGGACGUAACCGCCACCAGAUCGCCCUUGCCCAAGCAAGACCCAGUCCUGCAGGACGCCAAGGAACGUCGAUGGAAGAUGAUGCAAGGCAAAGAGCGCCGCCUAACGGUUGUCAUCUGUAUCGUCACCGGCGCCUUCGUCACCUGCUGGAGCCCGUUCUUCGUGGCGUACGUGGUGAGAACAGUGCACAGGUCUCUUGUGUCCUCCGCGCUCUUCAGGGGCUUCGUGUGGCUGGGAUACUGCAACAGCGCGCUCAACCCCAUCAUAUACACACUGAUGAACACGGACUUCAGACAAGCCUUCCAACAAGUUCUGAUCAGGAAGUUUAACACACAGUUCCGCGGUAACAGGCAUUGACUUUGCACUCGUUGAAAGUGUCUUUAAUAUUCCUCUUCAUCGUGACUGACGAUAGUUGCCUUUCGCGGUCGCUUCGGCAGACGCAUGGACAUGUGAUACAUUACGUUCACUGGCUUUAUAUAGAAACCUCUAUUUAAUACAUUUGGUUUGUGAUUUGGACAGUUGAGUUAACAUUGCCAUGUGCUAGUGCUGUAACUUCCAUUUCUUUUUUAUCUGACAUUUGCAUUUUACACAAUUAUGUUGGCAUUAAGACCUGAUCACACGUUGUAGGUUUUUUUUGCUCAGUACUUAUUUUAGUUGUUUAAUGUAUGCCGGUUUUAUGUUGUAAAGUGCGCGUCCUUGUAAUAAUUGUAGUUUAUCAAAGAGCACUGUGAUGUACUUAUUUCCGUUUUUUCCCUCUACUAGAUCUGCAAUUUAUUCUUGCAGUUUUGUGCAGUAGUUUUGAUUCUGUAUCUAUUGUAGUGGCAAUGGUUUUUUUGCAGUUGUUGCAGUUUUUGCACAUUCUACAGUGGUCGCUCUCUGGUAUACGUAUUGCUGUUUUGCAUUGCAGUCUUUUUGUCUCUGGUCAAUGAAUAGAUGAUUUGGAAUGUGUUUUAAACUUUGUCACCACAAACGUAAUAAAAUACA